UUGAGUAGGACGCCAAAACCAAACAGGAGAGAAGGGAAGAGUGUUUAAGCCUGUUAAACCUCGGCAAUUCCAAAGCUUCCUAACAGUUAACUAAACAAAACCCACAUCGAUUUCAUCGAAACUCUUCUCCUAAUCACAUAUUUAACCCCACUUUCUUAUACCCUUUACUCCCCUCUUCUUCAACAUCCCCACUUUUCUUUCAAACUUGGCAUUCUCCAUUAAUCUUGCAGACCGUUUUAAAUUUUGUAAUUCGACAUUACAAAUUAUGGCCGCAGCUGCAACUCCUACCACACAUAUGGCAACAAUCAAUCCUUGCAUGUCUUCUUCUCGUAAAGUAUUUAAGUCAUGCGUUGCUAGUUUCAGUACUGAGUCUAGAGAACCAUCUUGCACUAGGCUUUCAAGCUCCUCUCACAUCUCGUCAAGGCGACCAUUCUUUCAGAGCCUUACUUCAGUGCCUGUGAGUUUGAAACGGGCUUUAACAAGGGCAACCUCUGCUGCAAAUGAGAACAAGCCUCUCCCGGGAUUGCCUGUUGAUUUGAGAGGUAAGAGAGCAUUUAUUGCUGGCGUAGCUGAUGACAACGGAUAUGGUUGGGCAAUUGCAAAAUCUCUUGCUGCUGCAGGUGCAGAGAUUAUUGUUGGUACAUGGGUACCUGCACUGAACAUAUUUGAAAGCAGUCUAAGGCGUGGGAAAUUCGAUGAAUCACGCGUAUUGCCAGAUGGUUCCUUAAUGGAAAUUGUCAAAGUUUAUGCAAUGGAUGCAAUUUAUGACACUCUUGAGGAUGUUCCUGAAGAUGUGAAAACAAACAAACGAUAUGCAGGAGCCUCAAAAUGGACAGUUCAGGAGCUUGUUGAAUCAGUGAAGCAGGAUUAUGGUAGCAUUGACAUCCUUGUGCACUCACUUGCAAAUGGACCAGAGGUUAGCAAACCUCUUCUGGAGACAUCACGGAACGGAUAUCUUGCAGCUAUUUCCGCAUCUAGUUACUCAUAUGUUUCCUUGUUGAAGCAUUUUAUUCCAAUAAUGAAUCCCGGUGGUUCUUCGCUUUCUCUAACCUACAUUGCCUCCGAAAGGAUCAUUCCAGGGUAUGGUGGAGGCAUGAGUUCAGCAAAAGCUGCAUUGGAGAGUGACACACGAGUUAUGGCUUUUGAGGCUGGACGAAAGCACAAAAUCAGAGUCAACACAAUAUCAGCAGGCCCAUUAAGAAGUCGCGCUGCAAAAGCAAUCGGUUUUAUUGAUAUGAUGAUUGAUUAUUCAAUAGCCAACGCACCUCUACAGAAGGAAUUAUCUGCAGAGGAGGUGGGGAACGCAGCUGCCUUCCUGGCUUCACCUUUGGCUUCAGCUAUCACUGGUGCUGUUAUGUACGUGGACAAUGGUCUAAAUGCAAUGGGAGUUGGAGUUGACAGUCCGAUAUUCGAGAACCUCAACAUUCCAAAGUCGAUAUGAUAAGUCAGGUUGAGAUAACGACAUUUCUUAGUUGAUUUCAGAUUUUUUUGUUUCUAUUUAAAUAAACAUUUGUAACACCUUAUUUGUUAUUUGACUCGUAAUAUCUCGGGGAAUAUCUGAUUUAAUCCCCUUCGGAUGAGAGGAUAAUCUAUAUGUCGUUUUAGUCCA